AGCCCAGUCACAUGAAUGGUUGUCUAUUAACUUGUUCAAAAACUAUCUGGAGUUGUCAAGGCUCAGGCGGACAGAGGCGAAAAAGUGCAGUUUGUUGAUGCUUUUUCGGAGAAACGACGGCAGAAGUUUUGUGGACACAACAUAGCAGGGACCUAUUGGGAGAAGAAGGCUCUCUGUCACACACACUCCUCUGACACACACUCAGUGAGAGGGAGAGAGAGAGAGAGGGAGAGAGAGAGCGAGGGAGAGAGUGUGUUGGAGACGCGCUCUGAUGCUGGUUGUUUUUGUCCAGAGAAAAAAGUUGCAGAGAAAAUCGACAGGUAACUUUUAGCAGCAGUCCUGCGCUCCUCACUGUCUGCCUCCGGCUUGUGGAGUUUGUCUCUGGCUUUUUUUCCCCUCGUCUGCUCGGGAGCUCCAACUAAAAGCUGUUCCUGAUGUAUAACAUGAUGGAGACUGAACUGAAGCCCCCAGCUCCCCAGACCAACACGGGGGGCACGGGCAACACCAACUCCACCGGCACCGGCACCAACCAGAAAAACAGUCCGGAGCGGGUCAAGAGACCCAUGAACGCGUUCAUGGUGUGGUCCCGGGGCCAGAGGAGGAAGAUGGCGCAAGAAAAUCCCAAAAUGCACAACUCGGAGAUAAGCAAGAGGCUGGGCGCAGAGUGGAAACUUCUGUCGGAGAGCGAGAAGAGACCUUUCAUCGACGAAGCCAAGAGGCUGCGGGCCCUGCACAUGAAGGAGCACCCGGAUUACAAAUACCGGCCCCGGCGGAAAACCAAGACCCUCAUGAAGAAGGACAAGUACACCUUGCCCGGCGGGAUGCUGGCUCCGGGAGGGAACGGGAUGGGACCCGGGAUCAGCGUGGCGGGGACCGGGCUGGGCGGUGGGGUGAACCAGCGGAUGGACAGCUAUGCGGCGCACAUGAACGGCUGGACCAACGGGGGCUACGGCAUGAUGCAGGACCAGCUGAGCUACCAGCACCCGGGGCUCAACGCGCACAACCCGAGCCAGAUGCAGUCCAUGCACCGCUACGACAUGAGCGCCCUGCAGUACAACUCCAUGACCAGCACUCAGAGCUACAUGAACGGCUCCCCGACAUACUCCAUGUCCUACUCCCAACAAAGCACGCCGGGAAUGACCGCCCUGGGCUCCAUGGGGCCCUCCUCGGUGGUGAAGUCCGAGUCCAGCAGCUCCAGCCCGCCCGUCGUCACCUCGUCGUCCCACCGGGCCGCCCCGGGCUGCCAAAGCGGAGAUCUGAGGGACAUGAUCAGCAUGUACCUGCCCGGGGCGGAGGUCAGCGAGCAGAGCGCCCAGACCAGGCUACACAUGUCCGGGCACUACCAGAGCACCGUGCCCGGGACGACGAUCAACGGCACGCUGCCGUUAACACACAUGUAAGAGACACACAGCAGACAGAGAAAGAGAGAAAGAGAGAGAGAGAGAAAAAAGAACUUUUAUAAGAGAAACUGUGGACUACUUAACGUUGGACUAUUUUUGUACAGAAAAAUUUCGGGGUGGGAAAAGUUGUAUAGAAGUCUCCAGGACAAAAAGGACACGACUCUUUUUUUUCUUUCAUUUUAUUCUAAGGAAGCUCUAGAGGAACGGUAGGAGAUCCCCUGUUCACUGGUGGAUGAAGUUUGGAAGACUAGAAAGUGGGAGUCGCAAUCAAAUGUUUUAUUAUUGCAAUCACCUUUUGUACAGUAUUUAUCAAAGAAACAUUACAAUCAGAUGAAAUUGUUUGUUAAACUGCAAGAGGUUGCAUUUUUCUUUUCUCUUUUUAUAUAAAAGCAACGCCGGUUCUGCAGAAAAUAUUAAAAGUGAAAAAUGGCAGAACUGGGAAUGAUAUGAGAGCGAUCAGUUAUGCUCCUUAAUUACUGCAAACAUUGGAAAGAAAAGGGACAUAAAAGCAAGCAGGUAAUACUGUUUUGUUAUUUUUUUUUCAUUUAAGGUCAAUAUUACUAAACAUUUUAAUUUCUUUGAAAAAAAAUACACUUUUUUUCUGUCAUACAGCUUAAAAUAUAGGUUGUUAAUUUAUAUUUCUGUCUCCCACUUUCCAUCUGUUAGAGGUAUGACGCUUGUGCUCUUUAUUUUCUAAUUGAUUUGUACAAUUUCUGUAUAUUUCCUGUGAUAUUUUAAGUUUUUAUUUCAAAAUUCAUUCCCGUAGUUGUAUUUUAAAAAUUGUGGCCUGUACGCAGAAGCCAACCACUCCAUGUAUAUAUACCGAAACUAAUACCAUCCUUAUAACAGUUACAAUUUCAGCUGAGUAUAUUUUUUUUCAAUAUGCAGUUUGAAAUGAAUAAAUUUUGGAAAUUUGGAUACUUGAAA